AUGCCACGCCAUUCCAUUGUCUUCGUCGGUUUGGCAAGGGGGCUACAAAUUCGGGGCCAACAUCCUAGGGCUAACAUCAUAAGCAGUAACAAUGAGAAAUCCAGUCUUGGGAUAAUUAAUGGCAAAACCACUUCCAUUCAAAAAUUCCCAUUCAUGGUUGCCAUACACCUGGAAAAUGCACCCUAUAGCACAGGAGUUAUUCUCAACUCUCGCUGGAUACUGACUACUGCCUACACCGUUUCUGGGUGUGACACAACAGAGCUGUCAUUCCGAAUUGGCAGUACCGAGUCUGAAAAUGGCGGCCAGAACUUCACUGUAGACCAUUUUGCAGUCCAUGAGAACUAUACGGGCAAAUGGGAUAACGACGUUGCGGUCGUCAAGCUCAACAAGCCCAUCAAGUUCGGAAAGAACGCAAAACCCAUCAAACUUGGAACCAAAAAUCUCAAAGCGGGGACUAAAGGCAUGAUAGCAGGAUGGGGAGGGAGAUCAGAAUCCGAAGAGUCGUCGCCUGUCUUGAUGGCAACAAAAGUGACGGUUUACGACUGGCAGAAAUGUAAAAAUAUCUACCCCGAUCACGUCACACCUAGACAGAUUUGUACCUACGACACAAAAACUGGACCUUGCAAUUUUGACUGGGGAGACCCGCUGGUGUACAAGGGAGCGUUGUACGGACAGUUGACUGGAUUCUUGGAGUGCCUCUCUCAUCCGGUUGUUUACACGGAUGUGCCUGCUUAUGCAGACUGGAUCAAAAGUGCCAUACAAGAGUGA